CUCAAUUAACCAAACUAUGUCUGGCUCUUCUUGGGUUGUGGAGAAGCUGGUGACGCUCCCUGGCGAGCUCCGCGACCUGCCGUUCCAUCCUGCGGAUGAGCGUGUUGCGGAUUGGUAUGGUAUGGAGUACUCGUUUGGCACUAUUGUGGCUGCGGCGUACCUGGUCAUCACCCUUGUCCUUCGCCUGGCCAUGCCCCUCAAGUCGGCUCCCUUUGAGCUCUACUACUACCGCCUCGUCCACAACUUUGCCAUGUUUGCCGUCUCCCUCUACAUGUUCCUCGAGAUCAUGCGUCUCGGCAUCACCCAGGGCUUCUUUGUCGAGCUCGAGCGCAAUGCUCAGUCUCUCCCGAUGGCGUCUGUGCUCUGGGUCUUCUACAUCUCGAAGAUCUUCGAGUUCAACGACACGUUCAUCAUGCUGCUCCGGCAGAAGUAUUCGCAGGUCACCUUCCUGCAUGUCUACCAUCAUGCGUCUGUUUUCUGGAUCUGGCUCCUCAACGUGCGGAUCUACCCGGGCACGUUUGCUGGCGCCGCUGCGGCCGCCAACUCGUUCAUCCACGUCCUGAUGUAUGGCUACUACUUUGGCUCAACCUUUGGCUACCGCCCGUGGUGGAAGAAGUACCUGACGCAGAUGCAGAUGUUCCAGUUCUGCUUCAUGAUCUGUGAGGGCACGUACCUCACGUUCUUUGGCCACCCCAAGUUCCGCUCGCUCGGCGCGCUCAACGGCCUCUACGCCGUCACCCUCUACUUCCUCUUCUGGAACUUCUACCGCCAUGCGUACAAGAAGCCCAAGACCAAGGACCAGUAGAUCCUUACAUCCAGGCGGCAGCACACUUCUUUCUCCAAUCGUAAACGUUGAUCGUCUC